AUGGACGUGGUGCUGUCCGCAGUGGCCGCCGACCUCGUCGGCCGGCUUAUCACCUUCCUCGUCGGGAAGUACAAGGAGCCCGGCGCCGCCGAGGACGCCGUCCGGCUGCGGCGCGCGCUGCUGCGCGCCGGCGCCGUCGUCGAGGAGGCCGAGGGGCGGCAGAUCGCCAGCCGGGCGAUGCUGCUGCAGCUCCACCAGCUGAGGCGCCAGAUGUGCCGAGGCGCCUACGCGCUCGACGUCGACGCCAUCAGGUGGCGAGCCGGGGAUCCCGGAAAAAGGCACGCCACGGCGGCGAGGAGAACGUUCAGCCGCCUGCAUCUGGGCACGGGCGGCGGCCUCUCCGUGGCGGUUGAAAGCCUGGAGGCUGCGCUGAGCGACAUGAGGGAGCUCGUCGUGCUCCUCGGCGGCUGCCCCCGCGUCGCCCGGCAGCCGUACAGCGCCUACCUGCUCAUGGAGAGCUGCAUGUUUGGGCGUCAGAUGGAGAAGGAGCAGAUCAUCGGCUUCUUGCUGCGAUCCUCUCAAGAUCUGGAUGUGCUUCCGAUCCUCGGCCCUCGUGAGGUCGGCAAGUGGACGUUGGUCGAACAUGUCUGUCUCGAUGAGAGGGUGAGGAAACACUUCGCCCAUAUUCACCGUCUCAGCAGUGACUACGAGCAUCAUCUCAGCUUGAUCGACGGCGCCGCGAGGUCGUUGAUCGUGGUCGGCCUCGACGGUGGCGGCGGCUCGGGCGAGGAGGAGGAGCGAUGGAGAAGGCUCCACGCGUCCGUCCGCCGCCGCGCGCACGGGGGGAGCAAGUUUAUCCUCAUCAGCAGGGCGGGCGCGCACGCGGGCCUGGGCACCGCGCCGCCGCUCUGGCUGCGCGCGCCGCGCCGGGAGGAGCUCUGGUACUUCUUCCGGGCGCUCGCGUUCGGCGGCGCGGAUCCGGAGGGGCUCCCGAAGCUGCUGCGCGUCGCCAUGGCCCUGUUCGCCGGCAUCCACGACCCCGCGGCGUUCGCGGCCGCGGGCCUAAUCGCCGCGUCGCUGCGCGCCGACCUGAGCGCGCGCUCCUGGCGCCGCGUGCUGGGCGUGUACGCCGGGGCGACGGACUGGCGUGGGGUUUUCCUCUGCAGGCCGGUGAAUGGCGCGCCCGGCGUGCCGUGCACGUUCCGCGACCGGCGCAAGUCGACGGGCGCGGCCACGGCGCGGAGCGUGCUCCCCGGGGUGACGAUGCUGGACCUGGUGACCGGAGGCGCCGUGCUCCCCGGCGGAGAGACGCGGUUCGACGUGCUGGUGUGGCGGUCUCGCAUCCCCCCGUACGCGAGCUACGUCGCGACGUGCGACGUGGGGAGAGCUCGGCAGGUGGUGGCCGUCGAGAAGAAGCGAGCUCGUACGAGGAGGAGACGCCAGCAAGGCGAGGAAAGAGAUGAGUUGAUUUCCCUCAAAAAGAGAUGA